AUGGCGCUUGGACUCGGUCGCACUAUCAGCAACCCCGCCUUUCUGUUUUUCCAAAUACUUCAUGCUGUGAGCUUGUUCUUUGUCAUGCUUGGUCUGACGCGGGUGUUGCUCGGGGUGGCGGAGCUGUCGAUGGGCACUGCCGCCGUCGCAGAGAGGACUACACCACAAAUGGGUCCACCUGCACUGUCGCUGGUCAUGCCCGACAGACCCUACGCUACGCCCGCACGGUCAGGAUGGCAAGGACUUCACCGAGCCCGCGGGCUCGGUGAAAUUGUAUACCAGCGUGCGAAUGUGCUUGACCUUUCCCUGGCCGUCACUCCUUCUUCCACAACGACAACAACAGUGUCUCCCCCAGCACCACCGGCGGCGUCACUAUCAUUUUUAGAGCAGCUCAGCUACUGCUUUCACGUGCCUCUAGCCUCCCUGUUCCUGAGCCCUGUGGACGUGUCUGCUGGAACAGAAGCGCAGGCGCUGGAUGAGAGGCUUCGCCGCGACGCCGCUACACCUGGUGUAGUGGAAAAGAAUCCUGCGCUUGCUGACGUCGACGCUUCUAUCGCCGGCCGGCUGCGCGAUGGUAGUGAGCGCCGCUUUUACCUACAACACAUGUUCGCGGCCUUCCUGUGUUCCUACCCUCUUGCAACGCUCCUGCAACGUCGCAAGCUCGUGCUCGACUUCGUGGUGACGAUCUAUCUCACUUAUUGGCUGCUGGCGGACAUUGUCCUCCGCCGUUUCUUUGGAGGUGGCCUACAUUGGUGGGCAGCGUGCGCGCUGGGGAUGGCUGUGAUGUACGGUGCAACCUACGCUCUCUGCCGCCGCAAAGAGCUGCAGGAGGUUCGCUUAUCUGGUGGCGGUACCACGAGCCCCGUUCCAGGUGUACCGCCGACCACAACGAUGUGGCUUAAGGACCACCGCGGCAUCGAUGACAUGAUCGGCGAGGAGAUGCGCGUCAUCGCCCGAGAAACGCAGCGGCAGAACGGCAGCAGCGGUGCUGACGCUCAUGUCAGGAGUAAUAGUUACGACUUUCUCAACCGCCUUCGUGCUCCUGGGGUCGCGCAGUGCUCAAAUGGCGCCAAGGCUGUUGCUCUCGACGUGAACCAUGGCUCAGAAGAGGCGCUGCACAAGCCCAAGACGGUGUAG